UGUGUCAGUACUCAGUACUGUCAGUAGUCUGACAAUUGACAAAUGGCCGAAUUUGAGUAGUUUAGUUGUGUAGCAUUGAAUUAUGAAUUUUGGAUAUUUUAUAAAGUGAAGUUUAUUUUAUUAUGACUAUAAUGGUGUGAUGUGCGAAAGUGCAAAGUUUAUCAGAAAAAAAUCAAAUUCUACAGGAAUAUUGAACAGCAACGAAAUGACGCUCACUAUACCUGAUAACACUAUCCAACCCAAUGAAUUACCAAAAUUAAAAAGAUCUUUUACCUUGCCGAGAAAUCCAUUUAAUCCAACGAGAAUGUCAAAACGAAGAUCGAAAACGAAAGAUGAAUCGGAUUUGAAGAUAGUUACGAAUGAGGCUGAUCUAAACAAAAAAAUAUUCAGGCGACCUUCUAUAAGAAAGUUCAUAAAUAAAAUAGCACAACAUAUUGGAGGUGUGCCGGGCAUAAAUAGUAAUUUAGAAAACAACAGAGUUCCACCUGUAGGCCUACAAACUUGGGGACCCGAGGAUACUCCAGGAGUCACUGGUUUGAAAAAUCAUGGAAAUACUUGUUUCAUAAAUGCAGUUUUACAAUGUAUUUCACAUACCGAUGUUCUGGCCGAAUAUUUUGUUCUCGACAGAUAUAAAAUAGACUUAUCUCGAAGGAAUAAGCUCAACUCCAAGAAAUUUGGGACCAAAGGUGAAGUUACAGAACAGCUGGCAUUACUCCUUAAAGCCCUUUGGUCUUGCCAGUAUAGUCCUGAGUUAAGUACUAACUUUAAACAAGUGGUUGAAAGACAUGGGGCUCAGUAUAAGGGCACUCAACAGCAUGAUGCGCUGGAAUUUUUACAGUGGCUUCUAGAUAAAGUUCAUGAAGAUUUGAAUACUGCAUCCAAGAAAAAGUUUAAAUCUAUAAAGACUUCCGGAAGACCUGAUGAAGUUAUAGCCGCCGAAACACUGGAGAAUUACAAGAGGUGCAAUAACUCGUUCAUACAGGGCGUUUUCCAAGCACAGUACCGUUCUUCACUGAGUUGUUCGCGAUGUCGGACUCAGUCCAAUACAUUCGAUCCUUUUCAGUGUAUUUCUGUUCAGCUUCCACAGUUCCAUAAGCAUCCAAUAUACGUUACCGUUUUAUAUACUUCCCAACAACCCAGACAAGUCAGGAUUGGACUGAAUAUUCAAUCUGGUGCAACAAUCUGUGAACUACGGGAUAUUCUCGAAUCAGAUACCUCCAUAGAACGUGCCAACAUGCUGUUAACUGAAAUAGGUGAUUCCGGAUUCCUACGAACCUUCACCGACGCUCAACCCGUUGGAGUUAUUAGCGAAAUUGAUCCUAUUUAUUGCAUAGAAGUAGCACAACUGAAAGAUUUGCAAGAAGACACCACCAGCGCUUAUGUUUUAUUGUGCUGGAUUAAUGUUAUUGUUGAACAAGAAGACUGUCAGAGGUUUGAUUUUCAAAAUAAGAAUUUCUGAUCCGGCCUGUAAUGACAAUGAACCUCCUUGCUAUUUGGAACCUGACUUGGAACAUCCAUUAUUCAUGGAAGCUAUUGAUCAGGCCUUAGCCUUAUGUAGCGAAGACGGUGGUCCACAACAUGUGAAACUUGUUCUAGAAUGGAAAGUAGAGUCUAAGUUAGCCAUGAUUGCUGAAGAUAUUGAUAUGGUAGAGGAACAUUCAAGUGUCAAAAUGCUUCGAGCACAAGCGAUGCAUGGGGGAGCCCCGUUAACUCUCGAAGAAUGUUUAAGGGAUUAUACGGAGGCUGAAACUUUGACAGAUGCAUGGAGAUGUCCACACUGCCAGCAGUAUCAACCUGUGGUGAAAACUUUGGAUGUGUGGUCUCUUCCGGAUAUUCUUAUUGUACAUUUGAAACGGUUUCGACAGCAUGGUUUCAGAGGAGGUAACAGCACCAAACUCACGACAAUGGUGGAAUUCCCAGUGAAUGGUUUCGAUAUGUCACCUCAUCUAGCCAAUAAACGUGCUGCUACAUUGAAUCGUAAUAAUACCAUCACCGAAUCUAACCAUAUAACCAACAGUAGCUGGUCGCCUUGGAAGAGAUCUAGGAAACAUUCGACAUCAGCUGAUAACAUGUACGAUUUGUAUGCAGUUUGCUACCAUCACGGUUGCGAUUUAGAAACUGGCCAUUACACAGCCGCUUGCAAGAAUCCCUAUGAUAAUCAGUGGUACCUUUAUGAUGAUUCCAAAGUUGUUAAUCUCAGUAGAGAAGUAAAUGAUAUCAGCUCGUUGCUAGUCAACAACAGCGCCUACAUAUUAUUCUACCAGAAAAGAAAUGGCGUGUAUGUGAGCGCGAGUUCAAAUUGCAGCAGUGCGGCAAGUACGAGUUCAGUAGGUUCUGGACAGGAUCAUUGGGUUUCGCGGAUGCCGCGGUUCAUUCCUCCUAAAACCAUAAUCAAAUCAGAGGAAAACAAAACGUUACCUCAAAAGGAAGAUAUUUUUGAGGAGAGACAGAACCAUGCAGAAUCAAAAAUUGAAGAUAUUGCCAAAAAUGAAGAAAACGUGGCUCUGAGAAAUUCCCAAAAUACCUUACAUAGUAGUAGUAAUAGUUUGAGAAGGUCGUUAGACACACAAAAGUUGAAUAUGGAAAAUGAGAAAUGCCCACGAAACCAGUCGAAUUUGAGUUUGCCAAAUAGUUGUACCCCGACCGAACCUAAAAAGACUCUUUAUACAACGAGUAUAUACAUAAAUUCACCUAGCGAAGUAGAGACGACUAAUACUGAAAAAUCCCCGGUUUUGAGUUCUCAUAGGGUGGAAGGAGUGGUAGAAGACAAUGUGAGUGUUACGUUAAGAAAGGUUGAUAAGUUUGGGAAAGUGGAUAUUUUGUAUACCACCACUGCAGCUGUUCAUAGACAUUCGGAGGUUACUCCAACAAAAACGACUGAGACGUCUAUGAAGAGACAUUCAAUUCUUAUGUCACCACAGCCAACAAGGAAACUUCUUUCUCCUCAGCUAUCUGUAAAGAACAUUUCAGUUUGAAGUAAUAUUAAGAUCAAAACAUGUAUUUAAUGUAAAUAAUUCUAUUUAAGCACUCAAAACAUUUAUUGAGGAUGUUAGUUUCAUCACUGAAUGGCCUUGUAUCAAAAUAAUAUUCCUAUAAUUUUUCAUUUUAUAAUUUAUGAUUUUGGAUUUUUAAAUUAUUAUAAAUUUGUUUUUAAUAUUUUGUUGAUUACUGUUUUUGUUUUUCAGAUAUUUUAUUUUGAAUUAAGGUUUUUUUCUUUGUAAACAGUAUAUAUAUAGUAUUUAAAUGAAUUGUUUGUUAGCAUAUUAAACAAUUUAUUGUUAACAAAUUGAGUGAAUUUGUGAAUUGUAUAAGGUGAUAUUAUCGAUAUAAAGGAGAAAUAGGUGAAAUUUCAAUUUUUUGCAAUUGUCUAAUAUAUUGUUGAUUGAGGUGGAAUACACGUUUGUUGUUUCACCGACUUUCUAUCGAGUUUGCAUUAAUUUUUCGUGUGACCAAUUGAAUUUUUUCAAUUUAUGGGAUAUUAAAUAAUCAAAAAUUUAUAAAAAUUGUCUUUUUUACAGUAAAUAUAACAAUGCAGCCUGAAUUUAAUUUACAAUUUACUGUUAUGACAAAUCUGGUGGGACAACAUUCCAUUUCUCAACUUCAAUAUCUUAUGGAACAAAAACAAUAACUUAGGUCUAGUUCAUCUAAAAAGCAUUAUAUUUGGUAUACGUUUCUUACCUCUUUAAAAAUAUAAUAUUAUUGGACUUAUUAAUCACUGCUAAUUGUUUUACUCUUUUUCAGUAUUUGAAAAUGUUUGAAUGCUACACUUUUCUGAAUGUAAUGUCUUUAUUAGAUUAUCUAUCUCCUUCUAAUUAUGUAGCUGAAAAUUAUUGUAAAAUGUGCCUUAAAGAAGUUCUGUUUAUACCAGGUAAAUAAACAAAUUGAUAAAUAA